AUGGCACUACCCUUGGUAGCAGCACGUAAUUGCAAGAACAUCACAGUCCCCGUGAGCAUCUCAGCCGAGAACACCAACCUCGGGCCACUGUCCUUUGAAACAAACAUCGACGUCACCAACUUCUUCCUCGGCACUCUGGCGGCUGGACGGUAUGCGAGCUCCGCGAGCAACACCACGGUGGCCGACGCUCCCAAGAUAGCCACAGUCUCCGGCACGUUCAACUUGUCGACCGUCUACUGCGAGCCGGACUCUGGGACCCCAGACGUCCUCCAAAUCCUGACCCACGGCUUCGGCUUCGACGGCAGCUACUGGGACUUCCCCUUCCACAGCCACAACUACAGCUACGUCAACUUCGCGUUAGAUCACGGCUACGCGACACUGUCGUGGGACCGGCUCGGCCACGCGGGCUCCUCGCGCGGCGACCCUGUCCGCGAGAUCCAGCUGCCGCUCGAGGUCGCGGCGCUGCACGAGCUGACACGACUCGCGCGCAACGGCUCAAUCAGCAACAUCGGCCGACCCGACGGGUUCCGCAAGGUCGUCCACGUCGGGCACUCACUCGGGUCAUCCAUCACCAACGCGCUGGCCGUCAUUGACCCGGCCGCCUCCGACGGCCUCGUGCUGACGGGCUUCAGCCACGUCGAUGACUUCCAGCCCCUGGCCACGACGGGGCUGCACCUGGUGCAGGCCCGCACGAUCCCGCGGUUCGCGAGUUACCCUGGAGGGUACCUGGCGCAAGCCGAUAAAGUCGCGGUGCACUUUGUCUUCUUCGCCCCAGGGACAUUUGACCCCGAAAUGCUGGAUGCGGCUUUCGAGGCCGGCCAGACGCUAGCGAUUGGUGAGGUCGCAACGGGCGGAUACAAGGCCAUGGAAAUAAGUCAGACCAAAGCGCCGGUGCUGGUCGUUACUGGAGAACACGACAUUGUCUUCUGCGGCGGCGACUGUAACGCUCCUCUCACACCCAACAGCACUGAGAACUUGUUGGAGAUAUCUCGUCUGUAUUUCCCCUGCACGACUGCCUUCCAGGCCAGCAUCAUCAGCGGUGGCGGACAUGGUCUGAACUUGCACGGCCCGCACAUCUCAUCUCGCAACUAUCGGGACGCUGACCUCUACCUCCUGCAGGAUUACACAUGGCCUGAGACGUAUGGCACUAUCACCGACUUCUUGGCACGCAACGGAUUGGAACAGUCCAAACAUGAUGGCGUUGUGCAGCAGUGGCCAUUUACUGGAAAGCGGGUUGAAAUCUGA